GUGACAUCAUAUAAAGAUGUCAUAAGUAACCUGGCUGUGAACUGACUACAAUCAACCACGCUUACCAAACAUUAGUCCGUCAGACUGAUUCGCACUCAGGAUUUGUUCCGCCUGCAUAAAAUUCUCCACCAGCGGAUUACUCGUCUUGAAAAUAGUUUUUAAGACAGUUUUGCUAAGUUUUACUGUUGGACGCUUGCGUGGUGUCUCCCACCAGGUGAAACUAGACUCCUGUCGUCCCGAUGCUCUCCUCGGGCAGGACCGCUUCGUCCCGCCUCUGCUGGCCGCUUCAGAGGCUCCGUCCCCGGCUGAGCUGCGACCAGAUUGCCGCCGCCAGCACUCAACGGAAUGAACUGAUCAAGAAACGAGACCUGGUCGAAGAUGAGCUGCGGCCCCUCUACAUGGACUUGCAGGCCACCACCCCCAUGGAUCCUCGCGUUCUGGACGCCAUGUUGCCCUACCAGGUGAAUUUUUACGGCAACCCGCACUCUAGGACGCACGCCUACGGCUGGGAGAGCGAGAGCGCCAUGGAGACUGCAAGGAAGCAGGUGGCCGAUCUGAUCGGCGCCGAUCCCCGAGAGAUCAUCUUCACCAGCGGAGCCACCGAGUCCAACAACAUGGCCGUCAAGGGCGUGGCGCGCUUCUACAAGGGCAAGAAGCGCCACGUGAUCACCAUGCAGACGGAGCACAAGUGCGUUCUGGACUCGUGUCGCGUUCUGGAGGCGGAGGGAUUCCGCGUCACCUACCUGCCCGUGCAAAACAACGGACUGCUCGACCUCCAGCUGCUUGAGGCGUCCAUUACUCCCGACACGUCUCUGGUGUCCAUCAUGACGGUCAACAACGAGAUCGGAGUGAUGCAGCCCAUCAAGGAGAUCGGCCGUCUUUGCCGCUCUAAGGGCGUUUUCUUCCACACGGACGCCGCGCAGGCCGCCGGGAAAGUUCCGCUCGACGUGUCUGACGACAACAUCAACCUCAUGUCCAUCAGCGCCCACAAGAUCUACGGACCUAAAGGCAUGGGCGCGCUGUACGUGCAGCGGCGCCCUCGGGUGCGACUGGAGCCCCUGCAGAACGGCGGCGGCCAGGAGAGGGGUCUGCGCUCGGGCACCGUGCCCACUCCGCUGGCCGUGGGCCUGGGGGCCGCCUGCAGCAUCGCGCAGCAGGAGAUGGAGUACGACCACCAAAGAAUUAGCAUGCUGGCAAACCGUCUGGUCCAGAAGAUCACAUCUCAGAUUCCCGACGUGAUCUUGAAUGGAGAUCUGCAGCAACGCUACCCUGGGUGCAUUAACUUGUCGUUUGCCUACGUGGAGGGCGAAAGUCUGCUGAUGGCUCUCAAGGACAUCGCGCUGUCCUCUGGAAGUGCGUGUACGUCAGCCUCACUGGAGCCAUCGUACGUCCUCCGAGCCAUCGGAGCCGAUGAAGAUCUCGCACACUCCUCCAUCAGGUUUGGGAUUGGCCGCUUCACCACAGAGAAGGAGGUGGACUUCACGGCCGAGAAAUGCGUCCAGCAGGUUCAAAAGCUGCGAGAGAUGAGUCCUUUGUGGGAGAUGGUGCAGGAAGGCGUCGACCUGAAGAGCAUCAAGUGGACGCAGCACUAGAGUCCCCAUCUCUAUUACUGCACUCUAAACACGCACAAAUGUCCUUUGACGGCCCAGAGUGUCCUGUUCGCUGCAGCCCUCCUGUCACACUUAAAGCAGCCAAACCCAACUUCUGCUUUUUGCAUUUAUCGCAAUUAGGUUCACAAGCUUAACUACCAAAAUACUUUUAUUUUUUUUUUUAAUUUUAUUUUAUUUUAUUAGCUGGAAGAGCUACCAGUGCUAAGGACAACUAUAAAAAAAAGAUGUAUUAUUUUGUGUGACUGGAUGUUUUGGUUCAGUGGUGUCCAUGUCUUGUCUCUCAUCUUCACCUCAGUACGUCGGUACAGUAUGUCAUGUCAGUGUAUUACCGUUUUCGUUAGCACAGCUCAGAUAUUUACAAUACUAUUCAAUAAAGAAUAUUCAUCUUU